UGUGACUACAGUUACGGCGAGCGAGUAGUUUGACGCUGCGCGAUUGUCGGACUGUUAAGAAACACAAAUCCCACGCAAAUGUCCGUUUACCUCGAUGUGAUUUAGAUUUUUAUUUUAAAAUUAUUCUGGGACGGUAUUAUGUUUUGCUGCGUCAUUACAAAUAGCUAAUCGCGUUUCGUCCUGUGUCAGCUCACCGGCUUCCAUAGCGCUCUGCUGUUGUGAUCACGUCGGACAGAAACGCAGCUUUAAACCCUGAAAAUCAGUUUUUGGAACCUUCUUAAAGCGGAACCAUGAGUCGGAGCUACAACGAUGAGCUGCAGUUUCUGGAUAAAAUCACCAGCAACUGUUGGAGGAUUAAAAAAGGCUUCGUUCCCAACAUGCAGGUUGAAGGAAACUUUUACGUAAACGAUUCUCUGGAGAAGCUGAUGUUCGAGGAGCUUCGUAACGCCUGUCGAGGAGGAGGUGUGGGAGGAUUCCUGCCGGCCAUGAAGCAGAUCGGGAACGUGGCGGCGCUGCCAGGAAUCGUACACAAGUCCAUCGGUCUCCCGGACGUCCACUCUGGAUACGGAUUCGCCAUUGGAAACAUGGCAGCCUUCGACAUGAACGACCCCGAUGCUGUGGUGUCUCCAGGGGGCGUUGGUUUCGACAUUAACUGCGGCGUCCGUCUCCUGAGGACCAACCUGGAUGAGGGGGAUGUCCAGCCGGUGAAAGAGCAGCUCGCUCAGUCGCUGUUCGACCACAUUCCAGUCGGAGUCGGAUCCAAGGGGGUCAUUCCUAUGGGAGCCAAGGACCUGGAGGAGGCCCUGGAGAUGGGGGUGGACUGGUCCCUGAGGGAGGGCUAUGCCUGGGCUGAGGAUAAGGAGCACUGUGAGGAGUACGGCCGGAUGCUGCAGGCCGACCCCAACAAGGUGUCCUCUAAGGCCAAGAAGAGAGGCCUGCCACAGCUGGGCACUCUGGGAGCAGGUAACCACUACGCUGAGAUCCAGGUGGUGGAUGAGAUCUACAAUGACUACGCUGCUAAGAAGAUGGGCAUCGACCAUAAGGGUCAGGUGUGUGUGAUGAUCCACAGCGGCAGCAGAGGCCUGGGACACCAGGUGGCCACAGACGCUCUGGUUGCUAUGGAGAAGGCCAUGAAGCGGGAUAAGAUCACAGUGAACGAUCGACAGCUGGCCUGCGCUCGCAUCACCUCCCAGGAGGGGCAGGACUACCUGAAGGGCAUGGCGGCCGCAGGAAACUACGCCUGGGUCAACCGUUCCUCCAUGACCUUCCUCACCAGACAGGCCUUCUCCAAAGUGUUCGGGACGACGCCCGACGACCUGGACAUGCACGUCAUCUACGACGUUUCUCACAACAUCGCCAAGGUGGAGGAGCACAUGGUGGACGGGAAGCAGAGAACCCUGCUGGUCCACCGCAAGGGUUCUACCCGGGCCUUCCCUCCUCACCACCCCCUGAUCCCCGUAGACUACCAGCUCACAGGGCAGCCGGUUCUGAUCGGAGGAACAAUGGGAACCUGCAGCUACGUUCUGACGGGAACCGAACAAGGCAUGACGGAGACGUUCGGAACCACAUGUCAUGGAGCGGGUCGAGCUCUCUCUAGAGCCAAGUCUCGCAGGAACCUGGACUUCCAGGACGUUCUGGACAAACUGGCCGACCAGGGCAUUGCCAUCAGAGUAGCUUCACCCAAACUGGUGAUGGAGGAGGCUCCUGAAUCGUAUAAAAACGUGACGGACGUCGUCAACACAUGUCACGACGCUGGAAUCAGUAAGAAGGCGAUCAAACUGCGACCGAUCGCUGUGAUCAAAGGCUGAAGCUGUGGAUCCUCAGAGACUUUUUACUGAAGGACUAACAGAUGACAAGACGGAAGAUGAAGAUGCUUCUGAACUUGUUUUACUUUCUGAAGGAAAAAAUGAAUUUAUGUUGAAGAACCAGGAAUCAAUUUGUUUAGUUGGAUGUGAAUGAUGGUCAAUAGAACCGGAGUUUAGUCAUCCCGAAGCUGAAGCUGCUGAAGUUCAGAAAGCAGUUAUAAAUUAAUCCAGCUUCUGCUUCAUCUGUUGAGUUUUCAUUUAUGAAAGUUACUUCUGAACAAAAACAGAGUUUGUCGUCUCGUCUCUCUUCUACUUUAGUCGCUGUCGGUUUCACAUUAAAGAGCACAAUUGUGUCAUCUGAA